CCUUAGGGGGGAGGAGGGAUCCUCUGCACAACUACGGCAGGAUAACGGCUGUACUUUUCGAGCAGCGCGUUUCGCGUCGAGCAGACGGCGGAUAGAGUCUGAGCGGGUGGGGGGAGACUCCAAAAUAGCUCCCAAAGGCGAUUAGCUAUGACGGGAGGAAACAGAGGGGCUCCGCGGGAAUCUACGUGAAAAAAAAAAAGAAAAGAGAGAGCGAGGAUGAGGAUUCCUCCGGUGCAGGCGCUGGGCGCUUGCCAGACCGGGUGAAGAAGGCAGAAACCGAGAGCAAGGAAUCGCUGCGCCAGAGGAAGAAAAAUCCACCACCUGGGGCUGCAGAGUAGGACCUCUGUGCAGGUUCCCCGCGGCCGUCGGCAGGGUGGAGCUUCCUGACCCAUGGAGAAUUACUUCCAAGCCGAGGCCUUCAACCUGGACAAGGUGCUGGACGAGUUCGAGCAGAACGAAGAUGAAGCAGACACGUCGAUUCUCUCGGACGCCAAGUGGACGCAGAUCCUGGCCCCGCCCGCCCACAUGCUGUCGCUGAACCCCGCUCUGGCCCACGCAGACCUCAGCCCCCGGGAGAGCCCCCUCCCCUUCAAGACGCCUCCCGACUCGUCCGGCGCCUCCUCGCCGUCGGACCCGAAAAGACAGCCGGGCCCCGAGCCUCCGUCCUGGGCGGAGGAGCGGCCGGCGGACGUCCACAGUCCGCCUCUCCCUCAGCCCAACAUCGGCAAGCUGGUGGGCGCCGACGACCCGUCGCCUCCGCCCGUCACGCCAUGCAGGGCGGUGGAGAACGGCGGAGAAACCCGCUCCCCUGCUGACGUCCAGCUCGGUAACGAGGAGGAACCCGGCGAGAGGCCCUCCUCGGCGGAAGGCGGAGCCCCUCGCUUUACGUUCGAGACGGGCUCGGCGCCGGGGCGGACUCCUUCUGGAAACAGUCGUCCAGAUGCGUCUCCCGCAGCUCAAAACGGAGAGGAGGUGAAGGAUGAGGGCGACACGCCGGCUUCGCAGGACUUUGAGCGGGAAGGAAAACGUUUCAGUUCAGAGGAGCACGGAGAAGGUGGGAGUCGAAGCGUCCAGGCGGAGGACGGCGCUCCGUCUCCCUGUGGAGGGGAGGGAGCGGAGGAGGAGGAGGAGGACAGAAAAGGCGGUCCAACGGGACAGAUGGAGCAGCAGUGUAGGACAAGAAGCCUUCCUAACGGCCUGGAGGUUGAGAACGGAGGCGGUCCGAAGAUCAAGGACGGCGAGGACUUUUCUCCCUCUCCUGUCCCCUCCAAGGAGGAUUCUGUGACCGAGGAGAAGGAGAUGGAGGAGAGCAAGCAGGAGAUCAGCGACGGCGGCGGCGGGUCCGGUAGCAUCAACCAACCAAAGGUCAACAACAGCCGGCUGCAGCCUGUGAGCGUUCCCUACGGCGGCGCGCGGCCCAAGCAGCCCGUCAGCCUCAAGCUCCAGAUCCCCCAGCCUCUGUCGGGUCAGAACCAGAACCAGAACCAGCUCGGCGCCAAGAACAAGAACACGGAGAACCACUGUCCCAGAGGCGCGCCGGCCGACCCGUCGCCCGGCGGGACGGCCCAGGGUUCGGCCGGCGCCAACGGGGACGGGGGGACCCGCGCCGCCCCGCCGCCGUCCUCAGAGAGCCCCGACAACGACCUGCAGGCCGGCCAGCAGGGGGCGCUGCACAGGAAGCUGGGAGAGCUGGCUCCUGUGUGGGUGCCCGACUCCCAGGCCCCGGCCUGCAUGAAGUGUGACGUCAGGUUCACCUUCACCAAGAGGAGGCACCACUGCAGGGCCUGCGGCAAGGUGUUCUGCGCGGCGUGUUGCAGUCUGAAGUGCAGGCUGGCCUACAUGGACAGGAAGGAGGCCCGCGUCUGCGUCACCUGUCAUUCCGCCCUGACCAGCGUCCAAUCAGCGGAGACGGCAGCUCCCGCAGUCAGUCAGAGUCCGAACCCGAACAACCCCGCCGAGUACUGCUCCACCAUCCCCCCCCUGCAGCAGGCUCAGGCCUCCGGGGUGCUCAGUUCGCCUCCUCCCACUGUCAUGGUGCCCGUGGGGGUCCUGAAGCAGCCCGGCAACGAGAGCUCCCUGUCACGGGACCAGCGGCGGGUGUGGUUCGCCGACGGGGUCCUGCCAAACGGAGACGCAGCCUCCUCCUCCAAAGCCUCCUCCUCCGUCCCGGUGUCCUCCCAGUCCCGGCCCGCCUCCACAUGCUCCAAUAAAUCCUCCACAUCCGAGUCGUCAGAGGCAGCCCUCACCCCCGUCGCCCCGGCGGCCUGCCCAGUGGGCAGCGCCCUCAGCCUGAUCCCGGAGGACGGGCUCCCUCCCAUCCUCAUCUCCACCGGAGUCAAAGGAGGUACGGGAGGCCACAUCACAGAUUACGCGGUGGAGGAGAGGCCGUCGGAGAUCGUCCUCAUGCAGCAGCUGGAGGAGGGAGGCCCAGACCCCCUGGUCUUUGUGCUCAACGCUAACCUUCUUGCCAUGGUCAAGCUUGUCAACUAUGUCAACAGGAAGUGCUGGUACGUGACGACGAAAGGCAUGCACGCCGUCGGCCAAGCUGAGGUGGUCAUCCUGCUCCAGUGUCUCCCCGACGAGAAGACCGUCCCCAAAGACAUCUUCAGCCACUUUGUGCAGCUCUACCAGGAGGCCCUAAGUGGCAACGUGCUGAGCCACCUGAGCCACGCGUUCUUCACGCAGAGCUUCCUGGGCAGCAAGGAGCACGGCGGCUUCCUCUACAUCAGCCCCUCCUUCCAGUCGCUGCAGGACCUGCUGCUGCCCAACCCGCCCUUCCUCUUCGGCGUCCUCAUCCAGAAGUGGGAGACGCCGUGGGCCAAGGUCUUCCCCAUCCGCCUCAUGCUGCGGCUGGGAGCAGAGUACCGAUUUUACCCGUGCCCGCUGUUCAGCGUUCGCUUCAGGAAGCCUCUCUUCGGAGAGACCGGCCACACCAUCAUGAACCUGCUGGCGGACUUCCGUAACUACCAGUACACGCUGCCGGUGGUGAAGGGCCUGGUUGUGGACAUGGAGGUGAAGACGACCAGCAUCAAGAUCCCCAGCAAUCGCUACAACGAGCUGAUGAAGGCCAUGAAUAAGUCCAAUGAGCACGUGCUGGCCAUGGGCGCGUGCUUCAACGAGCGCGCCGACUCCCACCUGGUGUGCGUCCAGAACGACGACGGCAACUACCAGACCCAGGCCAUCAGCAUCCACCACCAGCCCCGGAAAGUCACUGGAGCCUGCUUCUUUGUGUUCAGCGGCGCUUUGAAAGCCUCGUCGGGCUUCUUGGCCAAGACCAGCAUUGUAGAAGACGGUGUGAUGAUCCAGAUCACGGCGGAGACUAUGGAUUCUCUACGGCAAGCCCUGAGGGACAUGAAAGACUUCAGCAUAACCUGCGGCAAGGCGGACCAGGAGGACAACCCGGAGGUCGUCCACAUCCUGUGGACAGAAGACGACCACAACUUCAACAAAGGCGUCAUCAGCCCGAUCGAUGGAAAAUCCAUGGAGUCCAUCACCAGCGUGAAAAUCUUCCACGGCUCCGAAUUCAAAGCCAACGGCAAAGUCAUCCGCUGGACGGAGGUGUUCUUCCUUCAGAGCGAGGACCAACCCGGCGGGCUGAGCGAUCCGGCCGACCACAGCCGGCUGGCGGAGAACGUGGCGCGAGCUUUCUGCAUGGCUCUGUGUCCACACCUGAAGCUGCUGAAGGAGGACGGCAUGGCCAAGCUGGGCCUGAGGGUCACGCUGGACUCUGACCAGGUGGGAUACCUGGCAGGAAGCAACGGCCAGCCUCUGCUGCCGCAGUACCUGAGCGACCUGGACAGCGCCCUGAUCCCCGUCAUCCACAGCGGGGCCUGUCAGCUGAGCGAGGGCCCCGUCGUCAUGGAGCUGGUCUUCUACAUCCUCGAGAUCAUCUCCUAGGGGCCCCCAAAGGGUCCCACUGACUCGCAGACUUGACGUCUCCUCCUUUUUGAACGCCAUCUCACAGCCUGAGCCUCCUUUUUAUCCUCCUCCAGCCGUUCGCGCCUCAAACAGAACCACAAAACUGUGCCGGGCCGGGCCGGGUAGCAUUCCUCUAGUCGAACCUAUGCAUCCACCCACCGUCUGUUUCAGUGUCCGAGGAAGCCGAGCAGAGUCUGUCCCCAUGGCCACGCUCCGCCCGCCGAGACCUUAAAGCUUACAAAUCCACAACACAUUUAAUACGCUGAAAUAAGUGAAGAUGAGCUGAUGUGAAAAUCCAGUUUGGAGACGAGCGAUGCGAGCGCUUCCUGUUAUAUUAACAGCGGCGUGUCGGAUCAAACGCGCAGGACUCCAGCGUCAAACAGCCCAGAUGUCAGAGAGCGGCUCAGAUCGCUUAAACAACGAAAGCAGAAACCGCUGCUUCUUCAGUCCAAUCAACGCUACCAUCGCCUGUUUUUAAGGCUGAGAGUUAUUUAAUAAUGCUAAUUUAAAAAAAAAUCGUAUUAGAUCAGAUGUCAAUUUUUUUAUUAUUUCUUCAGUGAAAUCUCUAAUUAUUCUGUAACAAAGCACAUAAAAAUAGACUAAAGCAACCGUUGUGCUACAGUGCCUUGCCAAAGCAUUCAACCAACGUCUCCACAGUACAGCCACAGACGUCUUUGUAUUUCUUUGGGAUUUUAUGCGAUGGACCAACACAACAGUGCAUUAUUUGGAAGUGGAGGAAAAAAGGAUCCAUAAAUAAUAAGGAAGACACAAGACUCAGCGGUUUAUCUCUGUUCAGAACCUGAAAGUAAAACCUUCCAGAACCACUUUUUGCUGCGUGUCUUUACCAGCUUUGGACAUCGAGAGGCUUAAAUUGUUUGCCCGUUCUUUACAGAAACGUCUCUGUAACAUUUUAUUUUCGGGGUUUUACCACAGAUUCCCGGAUUCACAUCUGGACUUUGACUAGGUCGUUCUAUCACAGCUUAUUUUCCACUGCACAUUGCUGUUGAUCUGCCACAUAAAAUACGUGACGUUUGUGGCUGCAACCAGAACAAAACGUCACAAAGGACUAUAGACGGUUUAAGAACAAUAUAAAAAAAAAAAAAAAGAAGCUGGGAUUAGUUUUCCCACAUGGAUCCAGAGUCUGCGGCUGGGUGUGGGGGACAGACCUGACGGCUUCCUCGGCGUCUUACGGGACGCCGCUCCAAUGUCACUGUGUCAGCCAGAGGCCCCCGAACCGAUGCACUCUGGGUAAAACCUGCCUCUGUGUAGCACGGAUGCUGUUGCAUAUCCAUCGCUUGGAUGGAAAAGGGAUCAUUGGAGGUGGAGGAAGGUGCAUAAGUGAGGUGAUUAUUUUUAUUUAUCUAUUUUUUUUUUUUUUUUUUUUGCACCGUGGUGCUCAGUGCCUGCAGCAACGAAUCAUCAAGGGAAGAAGAAGAAGAAGAAAUCAUGUUGGCUUCACUUCUUUAAGCUUUACUCAUCAGUCACCAAAUACUUUGUCACCAACAAUUGCAUAGACUUGUGUGUGUAUAUAUAAAUAUAUAAAUAUAUUUUUUUUAAAGAGCGAUUUCUUCCUCCGGUCUUUAGCCCACCUGUGGCCUCCAGAGGUGCCAGUAUUAGUGAGCGUCACAGACUCCCACCAUCCUGUUAGCAAAACCGUAAAAAAAAAGUCCAACUGUACAUAAAGAGGCAAAUCAAGCUUUCCGUUUCUUCAGCAGCAUCCCGUCAUCUUUCAUACGAACUGUUAAAAAUGUAAAGAUAUAUAAAUAUAUACAGUAUAUAUAUAUAUAUAUAUGAAGAGAUAUAAAAACUAAUUGCAGAAGCAGUGCACUGGAGUCUAAGCCAUUUACAGGAGUCGAGCGACGGGGUGCCGCCAUGUCCUGGAAGGUUAUUUCAGAUGCAAACCUUCCUGCAGAAACCAGAAAACGACCCGAGGCUGAAUGUAUUUCAUCUCCCAUUUCCUGCGUCCUUCCAAAGCCCUGGAAACAAAGACUCCGCAGCAGCGGCGGCGGCGGCGCGUUUUCAGGACCAAUCCACUGUUGUAGUGCAGCUAUGAAGAGAGAUCAGGUGUGUCUGCUCCUGAACCUGCGUCCUCCUCCAGCAACUCGGACUUACGGAUGAAAUCUACGAAUGUAUUCUUCUCGUUUUUGUUCCCACCAGACUAACCGCGCGCGUACACAAAAAAAUAAAAUAAAAACCUGUACAGUAAUCAUUCUGUGACAUUUCACUCUAAUGAUUAACAGAAGGGACAGUUUGAGAGGUUUUCUCAUGGCAUUUGUUAAAGGAAGGAAAAGUUAGACAAUCUGUUGAAAAUCUGCAGAAGAGCCAACAUUUCACACCUUUAGUUUCCUUCGGGUAUUUUAGGAGCUCCUGUAACGGUGAUUUAAA